AUGGCAAAGCUAUUUGUUUCAGUUUUGGUUGUGGCGUUGUUGUUGGAGGUUGUGGUAGAAUGUAAGAGCUCGAAAACGAAGAAGACCAAGGCCACUACUGUGAAGUCGACCAAAGCUACCGCCGCUCCAACAAAAGCUACCGCCGCGCCUACCAAAGCAACGACUGCCGCAUCCUCUUCUGCCGGUGGAAACAGCGCCGACUACAGUUAUAGCUACGUUUCUGGGGGGACUUCAGGCACCGGAGUAACAACUCGUUACUGGGAUUGCUGCAAGUCUUCUUGCGCUUGGCCCGGAAAAGCUAGCUUGAAGUCUGGACCAAUUCAGACCUGCGAUGUUCAUGACCAACCUCUGAACGACGGUGGAAACACCCAAUCCGGCUGUAACGGAGGUUCCGCGUACAGUUGCUCAACUGAACAGCCCUAUGCAGUCAAUGACACGCUUUCAUUCGGAUUUGCAGCGGUUAAGCUGGCUGGAGGAAGCGAAAGCUCUUGGUGCUGCGCUUGCUAUGAGCUGACCUUUACUAGUGGCUCUGUGAACGGAAAGAAGUUCGUCAUUCAGGCAACCAACACCGGCGGAGACUUGGGAGAUAACCACUUUGAUUUGGCUGUAAGUUGACGCUUAACACGUUGCCAAAUUUCGCUAAUCCCCAAAACUCGAUAUGCCAACAAAAUAUCUAAACUCGUCUAAUCCCCAAAUUUCUUCAGAUUCCCGGUGGUGGCGUUGGAAUCUUCAACGGCUGCACAGCCCAAUGGGGAGCCCCAUCUUCCGGCUGGGGAGCCCAAUACGGUGGAGUCAGCUCUCGCUCCGACUGUAGCCAACUUCCCGCUAAAUUGCAACCAGGUUGCGAUUGGAGAUUCGAUUGGUUCGGAAACUCCGACAACCCAGGAGUGACUUUCAAGCAAGUCACUUGCCCCAAAACCCUCACCGACAAAAGCAAAUGCAUCCGUGCGGACGAUUAA